UCCCAUGGGUAAGAAGCUGUGGAAACUAGGGAUAGUCACGCUCCCUGCCUAGAACACGUAGUUCUUUGGUGUGAAGGACAGAUAGGGUGGACAUUGGCAAAUUUCUGACUCACUUGUGGGGACAUUUAGAGCAGGUGUUUGGAGUCACAAGAUGGACCCAGCAGGCUUUCUUUUUCUUGGCUAGGACCCAAGAGACCCUGGCAGGUGUUUAGGAUGUAAGGAGGGUCAGCCCUGCUCUCCUCCCACACCCACCUGGUCUGCCACACUUCCCAGGGAGGAGCAUUGGCCAGGUGGGCCAUGAAGGAACAGGUUUCUGAGCAAGCUUCACCAAUAAUCACUCCUCAGUCAGGCAUGUCCUUCUGGAGCCUAGUCGCUGCUGGGAUGGGCCCUUGGUGGGCGCUGUGGCUGAUCCUUAUCCUUCCCCAAAUCCCGGAGGGCCAGACUCCAGCCAAGCCUCAAGGCUUCCCCCAGCUGACGAGCUUUGAAAAUGACAAGUUUCAGGGAGAAUGGUUUGUCCAUGGUUUGGCGGGUAACGCCUACAAGAGAGAGCACCGGGCCUUGCUGAAUCCCUACAUCGCGUUGUUUGAGCUAAAAGACAACAGCUGUUUUCAGGUGACCAACACCAUGACUCGGGGCAAGCGCUGUGACACUUGGUCCUAUACCCUGAUCCCAGCAACCAAACCUGGGGAGUUCACCAUGGAAAACAAAGGGACUGGAACAGACAGAGAAGAUGUGCAGGUGAUCGAGACAGACUAUACCAACUUCGCCCUGCUGCUGUCCCUCAGGACAACAAGCAGCCAGACCAUCACCAGGGUCAGCCUUCUGGGCAGAAGCUGGAGGCUUCCUCAUAAGACGAUAGACAGGUUCAUCUGCCUGACCAGAACCCAGAACCUCACCAAGAAUAACUUCAUCUUCCCUGAUGUGACUGACUGGUUACCUGAUCCAAACAUCUGCUGAAGAGUGAAUGGUUCCUGCCAGUACAGCCUCAGCCUCACCCUGCCUCUGCUCUCCACACAAAUAAACACACUGCCUAUGACUCCAGAA